AAAGCUGGGCAACUUUAAGCUGUUCUUCUCUGGGGUGGUGGCUGUAUCGGGGAUGCUGUCACUCCUCCUGCUGGUGAUUCCUGGGGUGCCCAUCCCUCCCGGCGUCGCUCUCACCCUCAUCACCGACCACCACCAGUCUGAACUCCCCAAUCGUCAAGUGAUCCACAGACUGGCGGAGGUGCUACCGAAGGCUGAGACAGGUAACACUGUGGACGCCGAGUACCUGCAGUUUAUCGUCAUCACCAACCAGACGGGGUGUGACUUUUACGACGAGUACCAGACCUUUAUGGACGGUAUUAACAACAUCAACAUAGGGUCGGCAGCUCCCACAGCCUCGGUCAACAUCACCAGCAUCCUGAAGGCCAAGAACUUCUCCCUGAUGGCCGUCACCACCCACCACCCGCUCUUCUGUCCAGACAACGUUCCUCUACGUCCACUCUCCAAGGGCGCUGAGGACCUCCUGCCAGAGAUCCUGGUGGACUACAACAUGACUGGCCUCAACCGGACGGUGAACGGGAGUGUGGCCGAGACGAAGGAGGACAUGUGGUGGAGGAAAGGGUGUGAGGUGGAGGUGCCGGGCCUGUGUGAGCCGAGCCACCAACUCUUCAUCGGCGCCGAGAGUCUCAGUUUCUGGACCUACCUCUUCGCCCGCAGCAUCCUCAACGGCGCCCUCAAUGCCGCCUUCGCUCUCUUCGAGGGCGCCACGCUCUCCUUACUUAAAAAACACGGUGGAGACUACGGCUUACAGAGGGUGUGGGGGUACAUAGGCUGUAUGGUGUUCACGCCUUUCUCCGGUUGGCUCAUCGACACCAUGAGCUUCGACGUCAACUACCCUGACUAUCGGCCAGCGUUCUACCUGUUCGUGGGGCUGCAGGGCUUGGGGCUGGUGGCGCUCUCUGUAGACCUCAGUUCAAGACGCCGUGUGAGCAAUAC